CGUGCGUUCUUCUUGUUUUCAAUUCUCAUCUUGCCACGUUCAACACUCAAACAAUGUUCUCCAGAUCCAUCCUCAGAAACUCCGCCUUCAAGGCAUCUGCUAAGAGAUUCGUCUCCUUCGACGCUGCUUCCCAACCAAGAAUCAGAAUUGGUUCCGCCGCUCCAAACUUCAAGGCUCCAACCACCGUCGGUGAGAUUGACUUCCACCAGUACUUGGGCAACUCCUGGGGUGUUUUGUUCUCCCACCCAGCAGACUUCACUCCUGUCUGUACCACUGAAUUGGGUGCCUUUGCUGCAUUGAAGCCUGAAUUCGACGCCAGAAACGUCAAGUUGAUCGGUUUGUCUGCCGAAGGCAUCCCAUCCCACAAGGAAUGGAUCAAGGACAUUGAGGAAGUCGCUUUGGGCGGCAAGAAGUUUACCUUCCCAAUCAUCGGUGACGAGUCCAAGGAAGUCGCAUACAAGUACGACAUGGUUGAUGAAAACGGAUUCAAGGCCUUGCAAUCCGGUGGCCCAAUUGCUACCAUCAGAUCUGUCUUUGUCAUUGACCCAAAGAAGACCAUCAGAUUAGUUCUGACCUACCCUGCUUCUGUUGGUAGAAACACCUCCGAAGUUUUGAGAGUCAUCGACUCCUUGCAAAAGGGUGACGCUAAGGGUGUUGUUACCCCAGUCAACUGGCAAGCAGGUGAGGAUGUCAUCAUUCCACCUUCUGUCUCCAACGAGGCUGCCAAGGAAAAGUUCGGCUCCUUCAGCGAGGUCAAGCCAUACUUGAGAUUCACCAAGGCCUAAUUUGAUUGAGUUAAAACUGGCUUUUCUUCUGUCCACAAACUUUACUCCCCCUACAUCUAAAUAGUGUAUAGGAUUAUUUAUACGAUGCUUUCUGACAUAAUGUUUACCUGAAAACCAAGAACGUUAGGGCCCUG